CCGGCUGGCCCCGCACCUGCCGGACGCCAGAAAGUAGCCGCCCGCGGCGCGCUCCGGUGAAGGGCCGGUGGCGGCAGGGGGAGGCCUGGCCUGCGGACCCAGCUCCCAGCUCGGGCAGGUCCCAGCUGCAGGGCAGCCAUGAGCCUGGUGGCCUGCGAGUGCCUGCCCAGCCCUGGCCUGGAGCCUGAGCCUUGCUCACGAGCACGGUCCCAGGCUCGCAUGUACCUGGAGCAGAUUCGCAACAGGGUGGCUCUGGGGGCGCCUGACGUGACAAAGCGUGACUAUCUGGUGGAUGCAGCCACACAGAUCCGUCUGGCUCUGGAGCGAGACGUUAGUGAGGACUAUGAGGCGGCCUUCAACCACUAUCAGAAUGGUGUGGACGUGCUGCUCCGUGGCAUACACGUCGACCCCAACAAGGAGCGACGUGAGGCUGUGAAGCUGAAAAUUACCAAGUACCUGCGGCGGGCAGAGGAGAUCUUCAACUGCCACCUGCAGCGGCCACUGGGCAGUGGAGCCAGCCCCAGCAUGGGUUUCAGCAGCCUGAGGCUCCGGCCCAUCCGCACGCUGAGCUCUGGCCUGGAGCAGCUGAGGGGCUGCAGGGUGGUCGGGGUCAUCAAGAAGGUGCAGCUGGUCCAGGACCCGGCAACCGGAGGGACCUUUGUGGUAAAGAGCCUACCCAGGUGCCACAUGGUGAGCCGGGAGCGGCUGACCAUCAUCCCACAUGGAGUCCCCUACAUGACAAAGCUGCUCAGGUACUUUGUGAGCGAGGACUCCAUCUUCUUGCACCUGGAGCAUGUGCAAGGAGGCACUCUCUGGUCCCACCUGCUCUCCCAGGCGCACCCCCGACAUUCUGGGCUCAGAUCUGACUCUACCCAGGAGAAGAUGAAGGCUCAGCUCAACCCCCACCUCAACCUCCUAAGCCCAGCGAGGCUCCCCUCAGGCCAUGCCCCUGGGCAGGUCAAAAUCGCCCUGGAGCCUCCUAGGACUUCUUUGAGCCUUCCCCCAGCCGGGGAGGCCCCAUCCACCAGACCCCAGAGGGAGACUGAAGGUGAACCCACAGACAGGACCAGCACUUCUGGUUCCCUGGACCUUCCAAAGGCCCCAAGUGACCACCUGUACCUUCAAGCAAGGCGGGCUGGCCAGAACUCAGACACUGGGACCUCUCAGGGACUCACCUGGGUUCCUGAGGGGGCCGGCCCAGUGCUGGGCAAGAAUCAGAGUUGCCUGUCAGUGGAUGGGGCUGGCCCAGGCUGUGGCAGUGCCACCUGGAGAGUGAGGGAGGAACAGGUGAAGCAGUGGGCUGCGGAGACGCUGGUAGCACUGGAGGCGCUGCAUGAGCAGGGGGUGCUGUGCCGGGACCUCCACCCCGAGAACCUGCUCCUGGACCAGGCAGAAGGUCACAUCCGGCUCACAUAUUUUGGCCAGUGGUCAGAGGUGGAGCCCCAGUGCUGCGGGGAGGCCCUGGACAAUCUCUACAGCGCCCCAGAGGUGGGUGGGAUUUCAGAGCUAACGGAAGCCUGUGACUGGUGGAGCUUUGGGUCCAUACUGUAUGAGCUGCUGACAGGAAUGGCACUGUCCCAGAGCCACCCUUCAGGAAUCCAGGCCCACACCCAGCUCCAGCUGCCCGACUGGCUGAGUCGCCCAGCGGCCUCUCUGCUGACUGAGCUGCUGCAGUUCGAGCCUACCCGGCGCCUGGGCGUGGGAGAAGGUGGUGUCAGCAAACUCAAGUCCCAUCCCUUUUUCAGUACCAUCCAGUGGAGCAAACUGGUGGGGUAAGAGGGCAAAGCGGGCAAUGCAAGCAGCUGGCCUGGAUCUCCUCUCCUCCUUGCCCGAUAUCUAGGGCUGGCCCUCUAUCAACAGGAAUGGAGGGCAUUGCCUGUCCUGCUGGGCUCCUGCCAGGGCCUCAGAAUUAUGGUCAUAUGGCCAUCUUCCAGUAAGGGCCAGCUCCUGGAAAAGUAGGGGGUAGGGGCAGUCAAGGCUCACCCUGCUAAGCAGCUUGAACCUUCCACCCGCCAGUCAACAGACCUGUUGAGCACGCAGACUCACCAUGUUACAGGGUGCCUUCUGUGGCACUGGCGCUGAGCUGACCACCUGCUGCGCCUACUGUGAGGUUCUGUGACUCACUCACUGCCAUGUUGUGCCCUACUUGGGACAUCUCUGGAGACUCAUCUCAGGACACUGAUCCACUGGCUCAGUGGACCCUAACCAGGCUGUCCUGGCUGGUCAUUUUAGUCACACAAGUGGGGCUUUUCCACUAGAAGCUGUUCCUGCAGCUGGGGAGGCCCAGAAGCAGGGAUGCCAUCUGUGGGGCAGGGAGGGAUGAGGUGGGGGACAGGGGGAUUCCCCCAUUCCUGAACAUGCCCCCUAUCUUGUGAUUUCAGACUUGGGAGAGCAAAAGGGAGGGGAAGAAAAUAAGAGAAAUGGGGGAAAGAAGGAAUGCACGGCUCUGCUCCUUAGAGCAAGUCAGACAUCAGAAUCAAGAGCUCUCUUCCCCAGGGGGCCCACCUCUGUGUGGGGAGGGGGCAGUCUGCCCCAGGGGCACAAAAGGACAGCAAUUCAGCCUCCAGGCCAAAGCAGCCGAAGGUGUGCCCAUCAGGACUCCCUCUCAGGCCUUGGUUCUGUUACCAUGUCACUGCCUACUAGGACUUCACACCCUUUGAGAUAAGAAACCCCAAAACAUAUAACGACUAUACAUGGCUCUUAGCCAGAAGUCUUGCUUCUGGUCUCUGAAAAACUGGGGUAAGUGGUUACUCUAAGACAACUGCCCCCAGUUUGGGGUUUCAUUUUGGGGUUCACCCCAUCACUGGGGUAUGGGACCUUAGAAACUAGACUUUUGCUUCCAACUCCUCCCUGCCAGCAUCCCAGUCACCACCAGGUGGCGCUUCAGACACGGUUCUCCCAUCUGGCUCUGAAGGCCCAACUCUUGUCAGGCCAGACUCCUGUCUCGGCCUGACUUCCUCGGGCUCUGCAGGAGACUGCGACAGAGAGGACAUGCAAAAGUGCAACCUGUAUAUGACUCUGUGCUCUACAUCCUGGCUCUCACUGGGGCUUACCCAGCCCCAAUAAAGCCUGCAAUGGCCUCUGUGUUCUUGCUUC